ACACACAAUGUUUUUCAUCACACUUGCGAUGAUGAAACAAAAUGUUAAGCGAAAUAAUUCUUAAAUACGGUGACAUAUCAAACAUUCGUCCGCCAUUUUGUCAUUUCUUGACAGCUUAGGCAUCGAAGGCAUAGACCUUUUCCGCAUUCAGCCACGCAUUAUAAAUAAAUAAAUAAAUAUUAUAGGACAUUAUUACACAAAUUGACUAAGUCCCACAGUAAGCUCAAUAAGGCUUGUGUUGAGGGUACUUAGACAACGAUAUAUAUAAUAUAUAAAUAUUUAUAAAUACUUAAAUACAUAGAAAACACCCAUGACUCAGGAACAAAUAUUCAUGUUCAUCACGCGAAUAAAUGUCCUUACCAGGAUUUGAACCCAGGACUAUCAGCUUCGUAGGCAGGGUCACUACCCACUAGGCCAAACCGGUCGUUAAUUAUAGUCUGGCCUUCGAUGCCUUACCUAGAGACGGUAACGUUACAGUCUCGUGGAAUUACCCAAAAGCUUAAAUUUUGCUCUACUCUUCUUUACACGUAAACCUACCAUCGAGUUUUGACAAGGUAGCUGCUAGCUAGUAUUUUAAGGUGCAUUUAAAUGCACAAGCACUUUACAGCAUGUAUGAGCAUAAUACGGCACUCUUUUCUACAAUAUAAAGCAUCUGUCGCAAAUUACGUGUUUUAGGAGAUAAUAGCAUGGUCCACUUCAGUUUUACGAGUAAAAUUUAAUAGCGUGGUCAAGUGUGAACCGCAAAUUUGUAUACGGUUCCAUGGAGUUUAUUAUUAAUAAAAUAAACGAAAUAAGUUAAUACAUAAUAUAUGACAUUAUUACACAAAUUGACUAACUCCCACAGUAAGCUCAAUAAGGCUUGUGUUGAGUGUACUUAGACAACGAUAUAUAUAAUAUAUAAAUACUUUUAAAUACAUAAAAAUCUUUAGUCAUAAUUAUUCCUGAACAUAACUGUGUUUUUGUCAUAAAUGAGUUAUGUCAUAAUUUUGAUAGUCAUUAAUUUAUUUCGCAUAAAAUUUGGGUGCUCAGAACGAGGCACGGUGGACAUUUAUAUAUGCGGAUGACGUGGCAGUAUGUACCGAGAGCCGACAAGAGCUACAAAGAUUAUUACUGUCGUGGAAGCAUCAGUUGCAGAGAGGCGGUCUUAUGUUGAGUGUCCAAAAAACGCAGUUCAUGGAGUGCAAUGUUUCCGAUUCAGACUCCGAGCCAAUAUUGGUUGACGGACAGGAAGUACAGAAAUGCAGCCAAUACAAAUAUCUUGGGAGCAUUAUGCACGAUUCCGGAUUACUGGAGAUCAACAUUCAACACAGGAUUGCGGCCGCCUGGUUAAAGUGGACAGAGGUGACUGGUGUGACCUGCGACAGUAAAAUGCCGAUAAAAAUGAAAGGCCUCGUGUACAAGACCAUCAUAAGAUCGGUCCUUACUUAUGGCAGCGAAAUAUGGCCAGUGACCCAGCGACAUUUCCAAGCCAUCCAUGUUGCAGAAAUGAAGAUGCUGAGGUGGAUGUCAGGCGUCUCCAGGAUUGAUAGGGUUCGAAACGAACACAUCCGUGGUAGCCUCGGGGUGAGAGACGUCGCCGAUAAGCUCCAAGAAAGUCGGCUGAGGUGGUUUAGGCAUGUCAAAAGAAGGCCGCCAGAAUACGUAGGCAACAAAGCCCUUAGUUUUGCCUUACCAGGCCCAAACAGGAGGGGCAAACCAAGGCAGCGUUGGUGCAAUGUCAUCGCCAAAGAUUUAAACGCCUGUGGGUUAUCGGAAAUCGACGUCCAGGAUAGAGCGAAGUGGAAGGAGAAAAGUAGGAAAGCGGACUCCGUCACAGUACGGGACAAACGCUAGGAGGAUGACGAUGAUGAUAUUGACAGACUCAUUUCGCAGAAACAGUAGAUUAAAAUAAAGCUAACUGAAAACUAAAUUGUAAACACUAGCCC